CCGUUUAAUAAAGUAUUAUAACUUUUAUGCCCAUCUAGUAUAUUAUCCUUUUUGUUUUUGUUUUUGUCUUGGAAGAGAAUUCUUGAAAAUCCAUAUGCUUCUUCCUCCAUUCAUUGCUCCGAAAUCGGAAGUAAUGGCGAUCCGCCGAGAUUCUCUUCUGCUGGAGCCGUGGAACGACUUGAACGGUAAAGUGGUGAUGGUGACCGGAGCCUCAUCGGGGCUUGGCCGUGAGUUCUGUGUGGAUCUUGCCAGAGCUGGAUGCAAAAUCAUCGCCGCCGCUCGCCGUAUAGAUAGACUCCGAUCUCUCUGCGAUGAGAUUAAUGGAUUCGAAAAUUUCUCCUCUGCUUCUUCUAUUGCGGCGGUGGAGAGCCCCCGAGCAGUGGCGGUGGAGCUGGAUAUCAGCGCCGAUGGAGAGAGUAUCGAGAAGUGCGUGAGACAAGCUUGGGAUUCUUUCGGAUUCAUCGAAGCUUUGGUUAACAAUGCUGGUUUGAGAGGCACGGUGAAGUCUCCACUGGAUUUACCUGAAGAGGAAUGGAAUCAAGUGCUGGACACAAAUCUUAAAGGGUCUUGGUUGGUAUCAAAGUAUGUAUGUAUGCACAUGCGUCAUUCCAAUCGAAGUGGAUCCAUCAUCAAUAUAUCUUCAAUUGGUGGUCUUGAUAGAGGGCAUCUCCCCGGAUGCGUCGCCUAUGCUACUUCGAAGGCAGGCCUAAACACUUUGACAAAGGUUAUGGCUAUGGAAUUAGGAGCCCACAAGAUCAGAGUGAACGCCAUAUCACCCGGAAUUUUUAAAUCCGAGAUUACAAAGGAUCUCUUGCAGAAAAAUUGGCUUAAGAAUGUAGUACAAAGAAUUGUCCCUUUAAAAACAUAUGGAACUUCUGAUCCAGCAUUAACAACACUCAUCCGGUAUCUAGUGCAUGACUCUUCUGAAUAUGUCUCGGGCAACAUUUUCAUUGUUGAUGCCGGAGCCACACUACCUGGUAUUCCAAUUUUCUCAUCCCUUUGAUCAUCUAUGAUCCAGAUUGAUGAUAUAUGAAGAAUUUGAGGUAAAAUUUCUUUGAACUUGCACCUAUUUUUCGAGACCCCUUCAAGAUUUCCGGUGGAAAUUGAUUGCAAGACUUGGAGAUUCUCCUUACUUUUUAGUGUAAACAAAUAUGUAGUUCAUCAGAAAUUGUACGUUAGGUGAAUGGUUUUUCUGUAUAGUUAUUUAAUUUUCUCGUUUUUUGCUUUUUAAGAAAUAUGUUGACUAAUUCUUUCCGAUUUAUUGUUCUUUCU